CUAUAUAUGGGCUACAUGCUCCUCCAUUUCUUGGAAGAACUGCGUACUUCUCGUUUAUCAUUGGAGAAGGCCGUCCGAUACAAUGGCGAGCGCUCACGUCCUCCUCCUCCCCGAGCCCGGCUCCGGCCACCUCAUGUCGCUAAUCGAAGCCGGCAAGCGUCUGCUCGGCCACGGCGGAGAUGACGACGACGACUACGAGCACCGCGCGCUGACGGUCACCGUGUUGAUCAUCCGGCCAGCGACGGCCGAAUCGGCCUCCGAGGUCGACUCGCACGUCAAGCGCGUAGCCGCCUCCGGGCUCGGGGUCCGGUUCCACCACUUACCCGCCGUCGAUCCCCCCAACGACUGCGACCCCCGCAACGUGCAGGAGUUCAAGUCCCGCUACAUGCAGCUGUACGCGGCGCACGUUAAGGCCGCCGCGGCGGAGCUCGACGCCGCCGCGCUCGUCAUAGACUUCUUCGCCACUGGCGUCAUCGACGCGGCCAGGGAGCUCGCCCUGCCGACGUACGUGUACUUCACGUCCACGGCCGCGCUGCUGGCGCUCACCCUGCGCCUCCCGGCGUUGCACGAAGAAGAAUCAUCGGCCGACGGCAGUACGGUGCACGUCCCGGGCAUGCCGCCCGUGCCCGCGGGGUCUGUCCCGGGGUUCCUGGGCGACAAGGGGAGCCCCAACUACGCGUGGUUCGUGUACCACGGCCGCCGCUUCAUGGACGCCGACGGCAUCAUCAUCAACACGGUGGACGGGCUCGAGCCGGGGCUUCUCCACGCGAUAGCCGACGGCCAGUGCGUGCCAGGACGACGCGCGCCGCGGUUGUACCCAAUCGGCCCAGUGAUUGACCUCGGCGGCGCCAAAGAGUCGGAAGAGCACUACUGUGUGAAAUGGCUCGACGCGCAGCCUCCGGCGUCGGUGGUGUUCCUUUGCUUCGGGAGCAUGGGCUGGUUCGACGUCGCCAAGGCCCACGAGGUCGCCGCGGGCCUGGAACGCAGCGGGCACCGCUUCCUUUGGACCCUGCGCGGCCCGCCUGCCGCCGCGGGCGGCUCGCUGCACCCGACGGACGCGGACCUGGACGAGCUUCUCCCGGAGGGGUUCCUGGAGAGGACCAAGGAGAGGGGCCUCGUGUGGCCGAGGCGAACCCCGCAGAAGGAGAUACUCGCCCACGCCGCCAUUGGCUGCUUCGUCACGCACUGCGGGUGGAACUCGACCCUGGAGAGCCUGUGGCAUGGCGUGCCGCUGGUGCCGUGGCCGCUGUACGCGGAGCAGCACCUCAACGCGUUCGAGCUCGUGUCCGUCGUGGGCGUUGCCGUGGCCAUGGAAGUGGACAGGGAGCGGAACAACUUCGUGGAGGCGGCGGAGCUUGAGCGGGCGGUGAGGUGCCUCAUGGGGGGCGGGGCGGAGGAGGAGGGCCGGAAGGCGAGGGAGAAGGCCGCGGAGAUGAAGACCGUUUGCAGGAAUGCUGUGGAAGUGGGCGGCUCGUCGUACGCCGCGUUGCAAAGGCUCCGUGAUGCAGUUCGAAGUGGUGCAGCGUGCAGUCGUACCACGGGUCGUCUUCCGGAGAAAUGAACGUGCAUACUCCCUAUGGGACGGAGGGAGUAACUAAUAAGCGUGAUCCGUCGUUCCGUUUCCACCGUGCAUGACCGUGCGAUCCUAGGAUUGAAUGGCUAUUUAUUGUGUGCCGCCUUUGAAUUUUGGCUGGAAUUUAGUGUUUGUCACGUUCUCAGCUGUGAGAAAUAAAUAAGAUGUGAAAUCGGAAAUCCAAGGCAAAACUCCUUUUAAGGAAAA